CAAAGUGCAAGUGACCCCAUAUCUGCCUUUGUCAGCUGACGACACGAUCACAAACAGGGUUUUUAAAUAGCUUGAAAAUCGUGCUUUUACUCAUCAGAAGUGCCCAGCUUCUACUCUAACGAUUGAAGAAGCUUUGAACUAUGACAUUGUAUGAGUGCCUGGCUGGCCAGCAAGAUUUUGUCUCCAUUCCAGUUCAUCAGAUGUAGUGAUGAGAAAUGACUGUAUGCUCGUGAAAACACGUGAAGAACAGGUAAAAGAAAAGGUUUUUUGCAAAUUAGAGUUCCGAACGUCAUAUUGUAAGCCAGCUGUGUGGAACCAUUCCUUCAUUUAAGGGUCUUCCGACGUCCAUUUUCCGAGAUCGUUCGACAUCCGUCAUCUGUCCUACAUCCUUGGAACGAUAUCCAAAUUGGUAAGGUGUGAAAACAUGACAUCACCAAGUACUUGAAGUUUGCCGUAGUUUUCCCGCCAGCUACUUCCGACCCAAGACGACGGCCCUUAUUGAGGAGCAGCGACUAGUCGCUGCCCCUUCACAGCAUGCCCUGCUGUUCCCGUACGGCGGCAGCAGCAGCAUGUUGAAAGGCGGGCGAGGGAUGCGCCUGAAUUGGCGGGAGUUGAUGAUCAUCGCCGUCCAGCCUGCCAAGCUAUUCUCCAAGGAAGGUCCGCUUUACAUGAAGGUCACCCCUAGUGGCUGGAGAAAGAAAAGCGAAACUUACAGUGAGAGAUGGUGCCGUCUGCGGGGCAACCUCCUCUUCUACUUCAAAGGUCGCGACCUCUUGUCUGAGCCCCAGGGGGUCGUGGUCCUGGAACAGUGCUUCAUCAAGGAAGAAUACGGCGAGAUCCAGUCCUUUGCCUUCUGUGUCGAGUACAUCGGUGAGGAGCACAACCAGUAUUUCGCAGCACACUCGGCCGAGCUACGCGACGAGUGGGUGGCGCUCUUGCAGUCGGCCAGUUACGAGAACCUACGCAGCCAGCUGCAGAGUCUACGCUUGCAGCUGAUGGCUAGGACGGGACAGGACCCUAUCGACGAGGAGCGACACGGUGUCUUGGGUCGGACAGACCCCGGCGAUUCAGUGACGGAACCCAUCCUGGAGAUGUCUAUAUCCUGCACGGACCUGCCCAAGAACAGCUUCGGUGAGGCCCCAAGCACCUUCGUGUCAGUCAGCUGUGUCACGCCGCCAGACACGCGGUGGUCCAAGAGCGGUCAAACAGAGAUCAUCAGUCGGAGUUGCAGCCCGUUCUUUCUGACCACUGUCUCCUUCGAGUCGACCCGGAAUAUUUCUGUCAUCACAAGACUACGGGCAAAUGUCUACGAAGUCCAGGACCGGAACAUGCAUACGGUAGCAGCCAUUGGCCAGGUCAUCUGUUCAUUCCGCGACAUUGUGACCUCCCCCGAUAACAAGCUGGUGCGCGACAUUAUCGGGGCCGACGGCAAGCAGGUCGGAGGCAAGAUCACCAUCCUGCUGUGGGAACUUGAUGAUGCGGUCGAAAAGCCCCAAGCUGUCAUGAAGAGAGACAACCCCUCCACCAACCACGUUUACCCGCCAAACGCCCAGAAGCUGAGCCACGCUGCAUCCGCGCCGACCCGCACCCCUAACGGAGCCAUCAUGAGAAGCAGACUCCCCUCCCUGGUCCGUAGCACCUACAUGAAGAGCCUGCUGUGCAACCCCUGCAACAAGACCUACCGCUUCCCCAACAGCGACGGCACCUCCAUGGUUCAGGUGCAGGAGUCCAUGAUGGAGACCAGGCUCAACUUCAACAUUCCCCAGCAGAUCAUAAAAAUUUAUUUACUAGAAGAGAAACGGAAACUGGAGGAGCUGAACAUGUUUAAGGAUCUUUCUCAUGACUGGGAGAGGGUCCGUUCAGCCGUCAUGAUGGAGCACGUCAGCAUGAUCGCAAGAUAUAACGAGUCGCUGGAGUUUCUCAGCAAACAGACGAAAGGUCCCCAGUUCAAGAAGAGCACGGCCAAGUCAGAUAAACUGCUAGAGUUUGUUCCGAUCAAUCUGCAUCUGCAGAGACUGAGGGUGGAGGAACAAGGAUGUAAAGAGUCCCUGUAUGACAUGAUUACUGUCGGGGCACCGGCGGCUCACUCUCUGAAAUUCAGGCAUGGGGGACUGAAGCGAAUGCUGCAACACUACACAGAGGAACAGUCUAGAACAAGUACCAAAAACUUGUCGCUCCAAGCUGCCAAAACGCUGAGUCAGAUUUCAGAUCUGAAGAACAGCAUUGACUGGCUGGCCAGCGACGUCCUGUCAGCGGCGCGGCACGUCGGUUUGGAAAGCAUGAGAAAGAAGACCGCAACACUCAACGAAAAGGUUACCGAACUCCUGAAUGUCAUCAAUGAGAACUUCAUGGAAGAGGCCUUCAACAGCUACCGCAACGCUUCCUUCCGCGGCUCACCGGUAAAAAACCCCAACAGCAGCACAAGCAGCAGCAGCGGCGGCAGCAGCAGCGCCAACAGCCACGACAAGUCCACCACCAAGGGUUCCUCCUCCUCGCCCUGCGACAGCGGCAACAGCAGCAGCCGGACCAGCGGCACCAGCGACAACGAGUUCAUAAUGUCGCUGAACCGGCUGAGCGUGAGCAGCAGCAGCGUCAGUAGCAAUCAUCAGGUGCACGGCAGCGGCCAUAGCAGCUGCAGCAGCAGCAGUCGCAGUCCUUACGAGGACUGGGAAUGGAACGGCCUGUCCUUUGUCAAGUCCCCCGGUGCUAACAGCGGUGGUUGUGAAUUUAACAGUCGUUGUGGUGGGGGAAAAAUGCUAACCUCUUGGAGGAGCCAUAUAAACCAGAGCCUGUCCGAGCGCAUGCACCUCAUUGGACACGUAGUGGAGUUUUUGUCGUCCGCGGCCACCCCUAGGGAGCGUCUCGGGGCCGUUGAGUCCAACAUCAAGCAUCUCAAGGAAACGGUGGGGCAGAUACAAGAGCAGGCCAAGUACAGCAUAGCCUUCCUUAGGAUGCAGGAGGAAUACCAUAACCUGAGUUUCCUACAAUCAGUGCAAUGUAGGAGGGAUAUUGUCUUCUCACAAGCCUUGACAGCACUCGUGACUGGUGUGAUGAUCAAAUUCAGGGAAAACAUUUACAGCAAGGUUUUCAUGAACCAGAUGAGCUCGCUGGGAAUCCUAGCCCACUUUGAGGGUCUGAUCAGUACACAUGGUGAUGAGAUGGGCAUGUUGGAGGACUUUGCCGUGGGUAUCCACGACCUAGUGUGUGUCACCUUUAAGAUUGUCAAGACCAGUACAGAAAUUGACGACACUAUGCCAGUACUCACUGGUACACGGUCCAAUGUAGUGGUCAUGGUUCCCGUACUGCCCUCCAUGACACCGGCCAUACCUGAGGAGCUUCUGAGUGGUCAGCCCAUCAAGGUUUACCCGGUACUCUUCAACAUUGGUGUCAACGAGGAACAGACGAUGGCUGAAAUAUUUGGCGAUACGUCACUGCAAGACACCAUCAACCAAGACAACCUACAGAAGCUGGACAACUACUACAGUCGACUCGUGCACAUGAUACCUCAUAAAGAUUGGAGGGAAUCGCAUAGCUCUGUCUCCCUGGAUGUUCUGAUGAGCAGCCUCAGGCAUCACAUCAGCACCAAGAAGAAUAAAAAUGUCGAAAUCCUGCACAUCAGCUCACAGUUGGCACGUCGGUUGGACGGCAUUCGCUUCACGUCCUGCAAAAGCGCCAAGGACCGGACAGCAAUGUCCGUCACCCUGGAAGAAUGCAUGAUCCUACAGGAUGAGCACCAGCUCCACUCACAGAUGUUCACUCACCUCCUAGACACCAUGAGAAGUGAGGGCACCCGUCGAGACAACACGCGCAAAAACGUGGGUGUCCCCAAGUAUGCCUUCAACAAGAUGCAGUUGAGGGCGUUCCCAAAACUGUACCGCCCUCCAGAGGGGACUUAUGGGAAAACUGUGCUCACGUAGCACGAGGCUGAACGACCUUUGAACUCCAGCCUAUAACAGAUGACCUUUGCCGAGUUAGACUUAUGCCUGGCCAAACUAUGUGACUCCUGACCCGAGGUCAACCUGUGGAGAAAUAUUGUACCUUGGUAUCCAGGACCAAAACACCGAGACUAGUUGGUUUAAAAGGCAAAGUAGAAACAGGUGUUUCUGAUUGGCUGAAAUUGCCAGAGGUCAAAGGUUUCACUAAAUGCAGUGAUCAAGGUCAAUUUACAGCCUAGCUGUGUCGUUGGAAGUGCAGAAGUUACGACCCUUCGUGAUGGAUUGUCCAGUCGCAACAGCAUUGGGCUGUGGCUUCUAGCCCGGCCUUAUCAUGGUGCGUGUGUCCUUGGGAAGGCUACUUUACCGCAAUUACUUCCUUUCAGAGGCAAUUACAAGAGGAGAUAGCAACUGCUACCACUGAUCGGAAUGUCAGUGGUUUCACUGAUACAUGGUGUACUUGUCAGAAGAAAUUAAAUCCUUUGAGCUUAUUGUAAUGGUCAUAUAUAUUUCCAGAAAUUACAUCGAUUUUUAUUAAAACUGGACACUGAGAAGGAGUCCUAUCAACAGCUCUAUAUUUGUUUAAUUGGUGGCGGAUAUUUAGCUGGCACCGUUUUAUUUUAAGUAAACAUUAUUUUCACAGAGGCUUUCUGUAUGAUUGGCUGAUAAGUAAUUACGUCACAUCCGCUGCGCCGGCUUUCUAUUAGUAAGUGUUUGUUUGCUGGAUGUUGUCUUUGAUUUUUCCGGCAAAGUAGAGUUAAUUAAAAAGAAAGUCGGCGUAGCCAAUAUGACAUAAUUGUAUACCAGAAAAUUAGAGAAAGCACCUGUGAAAAUAACGUUUACGAAAAGAAAACAGACACCGGCCAGAUGUUCACUACCUUUCUAAUUCUAUUUUUUCUUGAAUGGUAUAAGGUAUCCCAAACAGUAUUUUAUAUAAAUUUUGUUUUUUGAACUUCUCUGAUAAUGAUGUGACCAAUGUUUAGUUUUACUUGUCGCACAUUUCUUAGGCUUUGCGUUUUGUAUUUAGUUCUUGUGAGAAUCAAAUAGAUAGUUACGUUUGUGAGUAAGUUCAGCUACUAUCGACAAUAAUUAUUCAUGCACUUAUUAUUUCUGCACAGUCUUAAGAAAACCCAACCCAAACAGUGACAACUCAAUCAAGAAUAAACACAUAAAAACUUGACCAGACCAUAUUUAGCACAGUACUUGGUGGCAAUUUGUACGCAGUAGAGCAAAACCAGAAUUCGGAAUAGAAAUGAAAGUUUGUUUGUUUUUGUUUUUACGCCCACGAACGAUUUUAACGUUGUACUCAAUUCCCCCACCUUUGUAAAGGCAACUUUCAGAAUGUAUAUACAUAAAACACUUCUGGACAACCAAGUUUUAAUGUACAUAUAUUCUUAAAUGUACAAUUUUGUAAACAGUUGUGUACCAUAAAAAAAUAUAUAUGGACGUAUGUAAUAAAACAUUAUGAAGUGGAGUGUAUUAAUUUAAAGGAAAGCUCUGCGGAACGAAGGGUACUAGUUUAUUUAGAAUAAACAUGACGAAGCCUUGAUCUGUUGAAUCGUCAAUUUUUUUCUUAAUAUUUCUUCAAGACUGUGGUUAUGUGCACCUUUCUGUAAGAUGGAAAAUUAAGCAACCAAAACAGAAGUCUAUUCUUGGCGAAAUUUUGCAUCAGUUUUUAUUGGUGUUUAUUUUUGCAAUUGUAAGCUUAACUCAUUUGUUUUAUAAUUUAUUUGUGGACGAUAACAAAUGUGAUGGGAACGUGGCAUUUGGGAGCAUUUAUUAACGAGCACUUAUAGCUUUGUGAGACAACUUUAACCACCAUUGGGAAAGAAUUACAUUCUGUGAAAAAAAACAACGUGGUUUAAGAACAUCUAGUAACUUGGGCAAGUGUUCGUAUUUAAAAUUCACUCCCUCUAGGGAAAGACUCGGAAGAAUUUGUAAAGACGUUCUUCAUGUCAGUAUAUUUUAAUUAAGUUUAUGAACAGCCAAAUUUGGACAAGAGUUAUCUUGGAUUUUAAACAAGUUUUUUCCUGGAUUUUUGACAAGUUUUUUUUAAAGAUUAUUGCUUAUUUUUUUGUACAGUUUUUCUGCUGUAAAGUUUUCCCGCUGCUGUGUGUACAAACAAUGUCACUGUGCCUGUUCUAUACCGUCCUUCAAUUUGAAAAAAAAAUCAUUUCAUUUUUUACUUUAUUCUUUAUUUUUUUUUAUGAUACGGGGAAAUGAUUUUGACAAACACAUCCAGCCCUCUUGCAUUUUUGCUGUUUUAGUUUAACACAAAAUGUAUUGAAACGGUCGUUUUUAGUCAUCACAAGUAUUUUUUUUUUUACAAAUUCUCCCUGUUUAAGAGUUAUUUUUUUUCUCUCAAAUUCUUUGAAUCAUUUAUUAUAAAGGCAGACUGUACAGUUAUGUGUUUCUCUGCCGACCUUGUAGAUCCCUAUUAUUUGCUUAAUUUAUUGUUUAAUGUAUUACGUCAGUAUGUUAAAGUAGUUUUUUAGGUUGGUUAUGAGUUAGUCAUUGUGCAGGCACUUUUGAAAGUCAUUUAAACGACACUCUUUGACAUUGAAAAUGUCAAUAGUUUCAGGUGUUGCGCAAGUAUUGUUUUUAGCAAUUUAUUUGGUUUUAUUUUAAAUUUUGUGUCAACUAUUUAUUUUAAGACUCUUUUAUGUUGUAAUAUCUGGUCUCAUUGACUCUUAUACUUGUCAGAAAUAAAAUGGAGAACUUGUAAUGAUCA